UAUUAUAUGUUACUUCAUUUUAUGCCAAUUGGUUCUGAAAUGAAUUACAUAUUUUUAUUUUGAGCAUAAGAAAAAGUUGAUUUUGAGCUUAAAAUAUACAUAUAAAUAAUUCAGUGAGGCGAGCAGCUGAAUCAAUUUUGGAAGAGCAAGAUCAAAACUUUGUGAAGUAUGAAUUCGUCGCUGCGACUAUGGUUAACGAGAGCACUCGUGCUUACACAGCUCAUCCACGGAGCUUUGUGUUGGGGCAAAGAAGGCCACUACACCGUCUGCAAAAUAGCCGAGAGCUACUUUGAGGAAGAAACUGUAGCCGCAGUGAAGAAACUUCUACCUGAAUCAGCUCAAGGAGACUUAGCUUCCGUUUGUUCAUGGCCUGAUGAGAUUAAACACCAUUGGCAAUGGCGAUGGACUAGCCCUUUGCACUAUGUUGACACUCCUGAUUACAGAUGCAACUAUGAGUAUUGCCGGGAUUGCCAUGAUACUCAUAAGCAUCAAGACCGGUGUGUGACUGGAGCUAUUUUUAAUUACACGACGCAACUUAUGUCGGGUUCUGACAACUCGCGGAGGAUAGUCCACUAUAACUUGACAGAGGCUCUCAUGUUCUUAUCACAUUAUAUCGGAGAUGUUCACCAGCCUUUGCAUGUUGGUUUCCUGGGAGAUGAAGGUGGAAACACGAUCACAGUCCGCUGGUACCGUCGCAAAACAAAUUUGCACCAUGUGUGGGAUAACAUGAUAAUUGAGUCAGCUCUUAAAACAUACUACAAUAAGAGUCUUCCACUCAUGAUUCAAGCACUUCAAGCCAAUCUUACUCAUGGCUGGUCAAAUGAUGUUCCAUCGUGGGAAUCAUGUCAACUUAACCAAACGGCUUGUCCAAAUUCGUAUGCAUCUGAAAGCAUAAGUCUGGCCUGCAAGUAUGCUUACAGAAACGCUACCCCAGGGACUACUCUAGGAGAUGAGUAUUUUCUCUCUCGGUUACCCAUUGUGGAGAAGAGACUUGCACAAGGUGGGAUUCGCUUGGCGGCCACUCUGAACCGGAUCUUUUCUUCAAAACCUAAGCUUGCUGGAGCAUGAAACUAAGGAAAAAGAUACUCAAUUUGCAGCCACUCUGUUAGCUCCUUAGCUUAUGUAGUCCUAGUUAAGUUUUGUGCAAUGGCUAUUGUUUUAGUUUAACUAGAAUAAGUAGUAGCCGAAAUUGUCAUUUUCUUUUUUUUAUCAAACAUAUAGGAUACCACCAUAUUCAGUGUGUUUCAACUGAAGCUUGUGUUAAAUCUCAGGCACUUGAAACUUAAAACGAAGGAUCUUGAGAAUGUUA